GACCUGGUAAAAUGAUAUGUUCGACACAACCGAGUGGAUGAGAACUUCGAGUCAAUACCUCUCAUCCACAACUCUCAUCUCAAGCCUUUCUUUGUUGCAUUACGUAUCGUUUGCAUUUUAUGAAUACGGCGAUGAUGUCGAUACUCAGGUAGCUAGCUAUGUGUUCCUUUGCCUGUCUGUUCGAUACCAAUCAGGCAUGGCCAUCGUCUCACGUGUCGGGGUUGUUGCACAGAAAUCCAACAUACAUAUAUAUAUCACCUCCCUUCACCAAAUCCACAAAAUAUAUCUUCAAACCAGCUAUCUCCUCUCACAAACAAUUCCAGAAUCAAGAGCAUAAAGACAAUUACUCCACACUACCAGGAAACAAUCGUCGCCUAGGAAAACGGACCAGUCGGGUAACAAAACGACCACUGUCAUCGAAUCUCCAACUUUUCAUCCAUGUUUCACAAGAGUAUAUAAACUUUCAUAAUCCAAUGUCAAUCACAUACGACCAUAGACUGAAGAGAAUUGGGCAUCCCGUCCGCUCUGCCAUACACAAGCUUCAGAUCGGUGGAUUAGUAGUUGGGUGGGUGACCACCAGCGAAUCCCCACUGUUGUAUGUACUUUUGUUGUUGUUUUUGCCGUUUUAUCACUCACUCACUUCCUCUUUAUUAUUCCCGUUCUCGAGAACUUCAUUUUUGUCUUUAGUUCGUUGUUUAAAGCUGUAUGUAUAUCUGUUUGUCCAUCGUUAUUUACUUUCCUCUCCCUCCCUUCUUUUUAUUCAGCAAAUACAUAUCAAGACGGGCAGGCGAGAUAUACAUAAGAGGAAGGAUGAGUGAGAUAUAGAUCGAAGAUCCAAAUUCCCCUUUCCCUACUACAUACUACCUGCAUGCUCUCAGCCUCGCAUUUGUCUCUGCUUUUGAAUAAGAAUACACGCGUAUAGAUGAUAAUGGAACUAUAUACCUACUCCUUCGUUCUCCUAUAGCAUCUACGGAUCUUGAUCUUGAUCUUGAUCUUGAU